CUCAUAAAAGCAUACCAAUAACCUCAAUGAAGAUUACAAGUUUCUCAAAUUUGACUAGAAACCUGAUAAAACAGACCACAAAUUCGCUGUUAGUGGUGGGCAAUAAUUAUAUUCCGCAGGCUGUUUUUGGGCUUAUAAAUUUGCACUCACUCCCCUCUUCCCAUUUUGUGUAUCAUCGUGAUUUGCUUCAUUGCUUUCCCCCUCCCUGCAUUUCAUUGGUUUUGCGUUCAGUCCGUUGUCUCGUUUCAUUUGGGUAGGAGCACUCUGCUUCUCUCAUGUCUUUCCUCUGUUUUCCGUUUCCCCACUUUGGAUUCCCCAGCAGCUACCAGAAAAGUUAGUGGUGGGCUACCAGAAAAUGUCUUGAUCAGAGUGUUUGUGUUCCUGGGUUUUGACGCAAAUCCUCGAUUGGUUCAUUGCUUUCUGUGCUCUAACUAUGCAUCUUCUCCGCUUCUUACAAAAAGAAAGAAGAAUAAAAAUAAGAUCAUUAAGCUUAACACGCAAGCAGAAAACAGAGACUUUGACUAGUAACCCAGUCCACAGGAAUCCAUUCUAGUUCUAGUCUAGAACCACUACUUUCAACUACUGGUCUAGAAGGAAGAAUCUGGUCUCAUUCUUUGCUUUCUCAGCUCUAAUUCGCAACCAAAUUUCUGCAUUCUAUUCUAGUUUAAUGAAAAAAGUUCCGGUUGUUUUGGUGAAGUCGGGUUUCAGUUUCUUUCAUCACCGUGAUAUCAUUUAAUGGCUGUGCCGUGCUGUACAUAUAAUGAUGUUGACUUAUAUUUUCUCUGUUUUGCUUCUUUCUCCUCCAUCUUUAACUGGGUCUGCUCUGUUUUUUUUUUCUUCCUCUCUCUGUCUUUUGAAGGUCCCUCUGUUUUCUUCGAUUUCACUGUUGGCUGUAACCGAGAAAAAGAAGAGGAGCCAUGGCUGCUGCUGAUUGCGUGAUCACUCGCGUCCACAGUAUCAAGGAGCGAUUCGACGGCACCCUCGCUGGCAACCGGAACGAGCUCGUCUCUUUGCUCUCCAGGAUCGAGGCAAAGGGAAAAGGGAUCCUGCAGCACCACCAGAUCAUUGCGGAAUUCGAAGCCAUCCCUGAAGAAAACCAGAAGGUUCUCCAGGAAGGCGCGUUCGCCGAGGUUCUGAGAUCCGCACAGGAAGCGAUUGUGCUGCCGCCCUGGGUUGCUCUGGCGGUGCGCCCCAGGCCCGGCGUCUGGGAGUACUUUAGGGUCAAUCUCCAUGCUCUGGUUGUUGAGGAGCUCGCUGUUCCUGAGUACCUUCACUUCAAGGAAGAGCUCGUUGAUGGAACUGCUAAUGGAAAUUUCGUGCUGGAACUGGACUUCGAGCCAUUCAACGCCUCUUUCCCUCGCUCGACCCUCUCGAAAUCGAUCGGCAAUGGCGUCGAGUUCCUCAAUCGUCACUUGUCUGCCAAGCUCUUCCAUGACAAGGAGAGCAUGCACCCUCUCCUUGAGUUCCUCAAGGUUCACUGCCACAAGGGAAAGAGCAUGAUGCUGAACGACAGGAUUCAGAACUUCAAUUCUCUGCAAUACGUGCUGCGGAAGGCAGAGGAGUACCUGACCACGCUACCUGUCGAGACGCCUUACUCCGAAUUCGAGCACAAGUUCCAGGACAUGGGGCUGGAGAGAGGGUGGGGUGACACCGCGGCUCGUGCGCUCGAGAUGAUCCAGCUGUUGCUGGACCUCCUGGAGGCGCCCGAUCCUUGCACGCUCGAGACAUUCCUCAGCAGGAUACCGAUGGUGUUCAAUGUCGUCAUCAUGUCUCCCCAUGGUUACUUCGCGCAGGACAAUGUGCUUGGUUACCCUGACACCGGCGGCCAGGUUGUGUACAUAUUGGAUCAAGUUCGCGCUUUGGAAGAGGAAAUGCUGAUGCGGAUCAAGCAGCAAGGCCUUGACAUCACCCCUCGGAUUCUCAUUAUCACUCGUCUCCUUCCUGAUGCGGUUGGAACCACUUGCGGGCAGCGGAUGGAGAGAGUGUAUGGAACCCAGUACUCCGAUAUUCUUCGAAUUCCAUUCAAGACUGAGAAGGGAAUCGUUCGCAAAUGGAUCUCUCGAUUUGAAGUGUGGCCUUACUUGGAGAAGUUCACUGAGGAUGUUGCUAUUGAAAUUGGCAAGGAGUUCCAAGGGAAACCCGAUCUCAUCAUCGGAAACUACAGCGAUGGUAACAUCGUUGCCACAUUGCUAUCCCAUAAGCUGGGCGUCACUGAGUGUACAAUUGCUCAUGCUCUGGAGAAAACCAAGUACCCAGAGUCAGAUAUCUACUGGAAGAAGAUGGACGAGAAGUACCACUUCUCGUGCCAGUUCACCGCGGAUCUUAUCGCCAUGAACCAUGCCGAUUUCAUCAUCACCAGCACAUACCAGGAGAUUGCUGGAAGCAAGGACACCGUGGGACAGUACGAAAGCCACACCUCGUUCACCCUACCGGGGCUCUACCGUGUUGUUCACGGCAUCAACGUCUUCGACCCCAAAUUCAACAUAGUCUCCCCUGGAGCCGACACGAGCAUCUACUUCUCCUAUACCGAGGAGAAGCGCAGGCUCGAGCAUUUCCACCCCGAGAUCCAGGAACUCCUCUUCAGCGACGUCGAGAACAAAGAACACUUGGGUGUGCUCAAGGACAAGAACAAGCCGAUCAUAUUCACAAUGGCCAGGCUGGACAGGGUCAAGAACCUGACCGGCCUGGUGGAGUGGUACGGCAAGAACAGCAGGCUCCGCGAGCUGGUGAACCUCGUGAUCGUGGGCGGAGACAGGAGGAAGGAGUCGGAGGAUCUCGAAGAGCAGGCCGAGAUGAAGAAGAUGUACGGCUUGAUCGAAGAGCACAAGCUGCAGGGCCAGUUCAGGUGGAUUUCUUCCCAGAUGGACAGGGUCAGGAACGGCGAGCUGUAUCGUUGUAUCGCGGACACGAGAGGCGCUUUCGUGCAGCCCGCGCUGUACGAGGCGUUCGGCCUCACCGUUGUGGAAGCCAUGACCUGUGGGCUGCCUACAUUCGCCACAAACAACGGUGGGCCGGCUGAGAUCAUCGUCCAUGGCAAGUCCGGGUUCCACAUUGAUCCGUACCACGGGGAUCAGGCUGCUGAGCUGCUGGUUAACUUCUUCGAGAAGUGCAGGACCGAUUCGAACCACUGGGACGAGAUCUCGCUGGGCGGCCUCCAGCGAAUUCAAGAGAAGUAUACUUGGCAGAUAUACUCGCAGAGGCUGCUGACACUCACUGCAGUGUACGGGUUCUGGAAGCACGUUUCGAACUUGGAUCGACAGGAGAGUCGACGAUAUAUCGAGAUGUUCUACGCUCUGAAGUACCGUAAACUGGCUGAAGCUGUGCCUCUGACGGAGGAGUAAGGUGGGAACAAGAACAAUGGUGUUGUCACAGUGGUUGAACAAAAGCUCUUUGUAGUCUGUCGCUGUUUUCCGGCAUUUCUUGUUUUGGUUUGGUAUUGUCAUCUGUUUCUUCCUUAUUCCCAUUUCGCGGCAAUGAGAAAGUUGCAUUGAAGUUGAGUUUUUUUUUCUAUUGUGCUUACAAUUAUGGCUUUUCUGGUAGUAUUGUUAUGUUUGGUUGGGUUUGGCCAUUUUCUUUAUGAGUGGGAGAUGGGGUCCAAAAAUUUGUGGCGAUGGAGAAAAGCAUUAGAGACAGAGUGAAGAACUUUCACGAGAAAUCAAUUAGUUUAAUUCAA